GGCUAAACAAGGCAAAUAGUGUGUUUUGUUUAUUGAAUUCAUUGUUUUCACAUCAAAUUGUGAUACAAUUUUACAUCUAUGUAGGUUUCAAUGAAAAAAUGCCCACAGAGGGGACUGCUUCAUCAUACAUGUGGCGCAAAUCGCGAAUGAAAUUUGUUAUGACGAAACGCAGUGCUAGUAUGAGCGAUCGUCAAAGAAAGCGUACUUCUUCAAAAAACGACGAUGACGAUAAUAACGAAAUAGAAGACGACUUCACUUCCUGUUUCAUUGACGACGACGAAUCAGAUAUUGAGAACAACGAUUCCUUGUUUCUCAAAGAAAAUCAUGAGGAAAAAGAGAUUAACGACAAGCAGC